AAAACAAUUUGUAAAAUAUACCGCAUGCAUGCUGACGAAAUAAUUUAGUUAAUAGUUACAACUUCACUUAUGGCGCAAUGGAGUCUGCACGGCGGAAAUGCCUGGAAAUUAUUCUGCAGAACACCUUGGUGAAAUUGUAUCAAAAAGGUUUAAGUGAAGAAUAUAAACAGGUAGAAGAUGUUGGACCCACUCCUGGUGAUGCCUGGGCCCAGCAUGAUGCGAUGGUCAGCAGAGGACUAUGCGAGGCAGCUGUUAAAAACAGUGAAAAGAAUCGAUACUGCAAUCUUUUCCCCUUUGACUCGGAUCGAGUGAAACUGCAGGUUCCGAAAGAUAAAUCAGAUUAUAUCAACGCUAGUUGGAUUAAAAUUCCUGGAGUAGAGAUCAGGUUUAUCCUAACAAUGGCUCCGCUUCAUCCCAGUAGCUUCAGUUCCUCCCGUCCUGUUGAUUUCGGGAUGAAUAGCUCCGUAUCAACUUGUGCUGACUUCUGGAGAAUGGUUCAACAAACGGAUUCAAAAAGGGUUAUAAUGCUGUGUAAGAUUGAGUCUGGGUAUACAGGCUGUGCACAGUACUUCCCAACGGAACAAGAAGAAUUGGUGACCUUCGAUGAGUACAGUUUAACACUGGACAAGGAGAUUAGCCAGGAAGAUGUUUCUGUGGACAGAACCUUGAACCUGACCUGGGACGGAAAUUCACGCAUGAUAAACCACUCCCAGUUCAACCUUUGGCCCAACUAUGGAGUUGUAGAAAAUGUUUCUCAGCUCGCGGAUUUCGUCAAAAAGAUCUUAGAUGCAACCCAAGUUUGUGAAGGUCCAGUGAUAGUGCAUUGUUCUGGUGGUAUAGGACGGAGUGGAGCCUUUACAUCAAUAUUAUCCGUCCUCUAUCUUCUAAACAAAUAUGUUGAGACUGGUUCAGCUGAGUGUCUGUCUGGGAUCGUGUUAAACGAGGAGAUCUGCCUGGUAGAGUUGGUCAGGGGGAUGAGGAAGCAGAGACAUCCCUGGAUGGUGGAGGGAGAGAAACAGUAUCUUCUUAUAUACUCCACUGUACUCCAUCUACUCCAGGAGAUGCUGAAGGAGUCCUAAACAGUAUCUUCUUAUAUACUCCACUGUACUCCAUCUACUCCAGGAGAUGUUGAUGGAGUCUUGAACCGUAUCUUCUUAAAUAAUCCACUGUACUCCAUCUACUCCAGGAGAUGUUGAUGGAGUCUUAAACAGUAUCUUCUUGUAUACUUCACUCUACUCCAUCUACUCCAGGAGAUGCUGAUGGAGUCCUGAACAGUAUCUUCUUAGGAGAUACUAAUCAAGUCCUAAGGAAGUGAAAGAGUGUCUUCUUAUUUCCACCACUGAAGGAAAUGUGCAAAUAGUUUUACAAAUCAGUUAUAUAUACAUAUAUAUAUGUUACAUGUAUUUAAGGUCUAUUCUUAAUAAUUCUUACGUACUUGAAAAUGCACAAUACUCACCUGAUUCCGUCCAACCUAGUCAAAAUUUCGUAUAUUAUUACAGUAGUUUAUAUAAAUUGUUAUAUAAUUUGGAACAUAAUUACUUCUAGUCAACAGACAAAGGUGUAAAGGGUGCCGUUGGGAAUUGAACUUGUCCCUCUCUAAAUGUAGAGUCACUUACAAUUACGUCAACAGUUCAUUUAAUAACUGCAACAGUUAACCCUUAGAUUUAUUUCUUAGCUCAAGUAUAACCAUAAUUUUACACCGUUUUUAUUCCAUAGUUGUUAUAUAUAUAUCGUACCUUAUCAUCUCGGCACAUUAAAUUUACAUUAUUAAAUAUUUC